AUAUCAGGGAUACUGUGAAGUACAAAGAAGUCAUGAAACAAUAUGGGCUGGGCCCAAAUGGUGGAAUAGUGACCUCUCUCAAUCUUUUUGCUACAAGGUUUGAUCAGGUGAUGAAGUUCAUUGAAAAAAGACAAAAUGCAUCCAAGUAUGUUCUUAUUGACACACCAGGGCAAAUUGAAGUAUUCACUUGGUCAGCAUCAGGAACCAUCAUAACUGAAGCCUUGGCUUCCUCUUUUCCUUCAGUUGUUGUUUAUGUGAUGGACACCUCUCGCAGUACUAACCCUGUUACCUUUAUGUCCAACAUGCUGUAUGCCUGCAGUAUCCUGUACAAGACAAAGCUGCCUUUCAUUGUUGUCAUGAACAAAACUGACAUAAUUGACCACAGUUUUGCAGUGGAAUGGAUGCAGGACUUUGAGACUUUUCAGGAUGCCCUGAAUCAAGAGACAUCCUAUGUCAGUAACCUGACUCGUUCUAUGAGUUUAGUGUUGGAUGAAUUUUACAGUUCACUGAAGGUGGUUGGUGUUUCUUCUGUGGUUGGCACAGGACUGGAUGAUUUUUUUGUUCAGCUCUCUAAAGCUGUAGAUGAAUAUGAAAGAGAAUAUCGUCCAGAAUAUGAACGCCUGAGAAAAACACUGGAGAAAGCUCAAAAUGAACAAAAGAAAGAGCAGCUGGAACUCUUACGGAAGGACAUGGACAGCGUCUGUGUGCAGGGUAAAACACUUGCAGGGUCUGAUGAUGCAUCUGCAAUGGGUCCCUCUGAGCUGAUCCUAACACGAGGAACUCUUGAUGAAGAAGAAGAAGAGAGGGAGAGUGAUACUGAUGAUAUCGACCAUGAAGUUACUGAGGAGAGUCAUGAAGAACCAGCCUUCAGAAACUUUAUGCAAGAGACGCGGAUGAAAUACCAGAGAACCAGCAACCCAAAUGAAUGAGACCUUCAGAAACAGAUGGUUUGGAAUCCCUUAUAAUGGAGUUAAAAGUAAAGGAACAGCAUAAA